AUGGAAUUUAAGUCUCCCGAGGAAAGAAAAAGUGUAGAAGAACUUCUAAGAGGCCAAAGGGAUUUCCAUUUUCCUACUGAAAAAGGUGAAACCGCUGGUUUCUUUUAUUCUAUAAAGGCCCUUGUUCUGAAGAUCACAUUUCAAAGAUUUUUCAUGGAUUUUGUAACGAGGGUUCACAACUACAGCAAGAAGCAAUGCAGAAGCCUCUCCAAGAAAAUGGGGGCAGUGAUGAAGAAGGUAGUUAAGAAGGGACACAAACACCAAUUUAUUUUCCAGUAUGAUCCUUCAAGUUAUGCCCUCAACUUCGACGAUGGUAUUCAAGAAUUGGGCGAAAGAUCAACAGUUUCUUACUCAAAGAAGACAGUUACAUGGAUUUUUGUUAUCUGCCCUAAAGUGUAG